AUGUCAUAUGAAGAGGAAAGAUACAGAGAUUCUCGAGGAAGAUCUCCAAGUAGAGAGAAUAUUAGAGAAAGAGCUGACGCAUCCCCACCAAGAGGACGUGAUUACUCUCGGUCACGAUCUAGAGAUCGAUCAAUAUCUCCUCGACCUUCUAGAUACAAUGACAGGAGAUCGCGAUCAAGGUCUCGUUCUCGCUCUAGAUCGCCCCGACCUGGUCCACCAAGAAGACCCGCUAAUAACCGGGGACGCGCAUCUGCCUCAUAUUCGCACUCUGACCGAAGAAAUGGACAUCGUGGAAAUGCUGGCAGUGACCUGCCCGACGACAGAUCUAUCAGCAAGAUUUUGGUAGAUAAUAUUAGCUUUGCCGUGGAUAUAAGCCACCUACGGGAAAUAUUCGGUGAAUAUGGGCCAAUUGACACAGUUGAACUGAAGCCAUCUCGACACUAUCCAGCUGCGGACAAGAUUUCAGCUGCUUUUAUCCAAUACAGAUAUCCGGAAGAUGCUCAUGAUGCAUUAUAUCAUUUGGACGGAGGAAUGAUUGACGAUAGAACUAUUGCUGUUAAGCUAGUUCGUGCCCCUCCCAGACGCUACAGAGGUAGUGGUGGACCCGCAGGACGAGGAGGCUAUAGCGGUGCACCACGAAGCGGUGGUCAUAGUUCGAGUUCUUAUAGUAGGGGUAGACCACGUAGUCGGAGUCCCAGCAGAGAAAGGUACCGCCGUCGUAGCAGAAGUAGAAGUUACAGCCGCUAA